AUGCGUCUAGUUCUAUCUGUUGAGGCUAUAAAAGUGUUUGAAAAGUACGCUGCUGCUGAGACGUUACCAAGCCCUGAGGAAGGUGAAGCUGCCGAAGUGACAGCUUUUGCGAAUGAACAGAUUCUGCAACGAAAAGAAAAGCUCGUGCGCUUCGUAGACGAUCAGCUAGACAACGUUUGGCUUGAUUGGGUGUCGAAGCCUGAUUAUCGUCACCGCAAGGCUCAAAAAAUUUUUAGGAAAAUUAUCGGAAACACUAUACUUGCCGUCAGUUUCAGGUAUUACAACAGCUAG